AUGACAUUCGAAGAAGAUUUAAUUAACCAAGUACGUUUACAUCCUGUUGUUUGGAAUAAACAGAGUGAGGACUAUAAAAACAGGUUGAAAAGUGAAAGAGCAUGGGAUAUAAUUGCGAGGAACGUAAAUAAAACAAAAAAGGACGUUAAAACUAGGUGGCGACACUUAAGGGAUGUCUUUCUAAAAGAAUUGAAAAAAGUUCGUAAGCCUCGCUCUGGAGAUCCAGGAAGCCCAAAUGAACAAUAUUACUCAGGAAAGUGGACCUAUUACCAACAUAUGUUGUUUUUAAAGGAUGUUUCAAUGCCUCGACCAACCGAAGGUAAUAAUGUUCAUCAAGAAACUGGAAAUAAUGAUAAUGAUGCCAGCCUACCAUCCACUUCAAGAUCAGAGCAGAAUCUUCAGUUGCCUGAUGAAGAGAAUUCUACUGCAAUGUCUAAUAGAUCCGAGGCUUUUGUGUCUUCUGAUGACGAACCACUGUCUACAAGUGCGCGCAGUACAAUUACACAGAGCACGAGUGCUUUGUCAACUGAAGCUUUGGAUAGUGGAUUACAAACUGGAUCCCAAAAAAGAAAACGUAAAGAAAAUCAAUCUUUAACCGAAUAUCAGCGUCGAAUGAUCCAAAUCGAAGAAGAUAAAAUUAAAGCGUUUAAGGAGAAAGAAAAUGAAGUUGAGGAUGAAGAUUUACUAUUUUUGAAAUCUCUAGCUCCAUAUUUUAAAUAUAUGAAUCCAGUGCAAAAAUUAAGAUUAAAAAGUAAACUACAGAAUACAAUAGCAGACGAAAUUUCUCUAGCUAUGCCAUCACCCCCUUCAAACUCUUCAUCUACUAUGUCAAUGUCAAUCAUACCUUCACCUGUGCACGCAUCCUCACAUCCAUCCAUGGCACCACCGACAAACACACAACAAUUCUACGAAUCAUUUAAUGCUGAAUAUGAUUCUUGA